AUGUCUAGCACCCUAGAAGAAACGCGCGCGGCCAAGAGACGGCAUAUUGACGUAGGCGAAGGACCCAGUUCCGUGCCGUUGCCACCCCCCAGCGACGCCCGUAUGCCCGACUUUCGCAACGGCCUGUUCCUUGCGCCGAUGGUGCGCAUUGGCUCGCUGCCUACGCGCCUGCUCGCGCUCGAGUACGGCGCAGACCUCGUAUGGGGCCCUGAAGUGGUGGACCGUGCGAUUAUGGGCGCGGAGCGCCGCGUGAACGCUUCGACGGGCGAGGUCGAGUUUAUGAAAGACGAGAAGCAGGUCUUUUCGUGCCACCCAGCCGAGCGCGACCGCCUGAUCUACCAAGUGGGCUCUGCCACGCCCGAGUACGCUGCCGAGGCCGUGCGUAUCGUCACGGAGCACGACGACGUGGCCGGCGUCGACCUCAACUGCGGCUGCCCCAAGCCGUUUUCGACGCUGGGCGGGAUGGGCGCGAACCUCUUGUCGACGCCCGACCUACUCUGCUCGAUCCUGGUCGCGAUGCGCCGCGCGGCGCCGCCGCAUGUGAGCGUCACGGCCAAGAUCCGGCUGCUUCCUACCCAGGAAGCGACGCUUGCGCUGGUCGAGCAAAUCGUGCGCACACGCACCAUCCGCGCACUGACCGUGCACUGCCGCACAAAGGUCAUGCGGCCGCGCGAGCCGGCGCUGCUCGAGCGCUUGAACGAGAUUGUGAAGCACGUCGAAAAGAUCGCCGCGGAAACCGGGCAGGACGUGCCGGUGAUCUGCAACGGCGACUGCUUCAGCGCCUCGGACGUCGAACGCAUCCAGGAGCUUACCGGAGUCUCGUCGCUGAUGCUCGCACGCGGCCCCGAAGCGAAUCCGUCGUGCUUCCGCUCGCCCCGCAAGUGUGUCGCGCAGGAAAUCGCGCCGAAGUGGGUGCGCUAUGCGGCCUACUUUGACAACCCUUUUGGGAACACCAAGUACUGCAUGACGCAGCUUGCUUUUAAUACGGUCGCCGGCAUUGGCGGCCAGGAACGCAUCUCGGCGCUGAACAAGCGCGAGCUCAUUUCCAUCCGCUCCGAGCUCAGCCAGAGCCGGACGAACGAGGAUAUUGCCGCGGCGCUACGCAUGGCGUGGCCCGUCGAGAGCGCGGCGCCGCUCAUCGACGCUGUUGCGGCACAGGUCAAAAAGGAGCCCCAGUAG